AAAAGUGAAGAUCGUAUUUUGGAUGGACAGUCAUGGCAAAGUCUUUCCCACUGUUAUGGAGAAUGGUUGUGAAUGUAGAGAAACACACGUUUACAAGUUACAAGUGUAAUUCAGUAACAGACCAGUCUAGUGGAGUACAUCACCUGCUCAGAAACUCUGCUGAAUGGUAACAUCCAGAAAACCUGUCAUUCAAAGAGUUUCAGUUCACAGAGCUUGAAAUGCCUAGAAGACGUUCUUCAAGACUCAGAUGUCCAAAACAGCAAAUUAAAAAUGGCAAACAAAAUUCAAAUAAUGCAUUCACUUGCAAUCCAGCCACAAUGUGUUUCAUCAGAAGGUAUGCUUCAUCUACCUCAGAUUGUGGAUCUGUCUCAAAAUAUCCAGCAUUAGACCAGAAAUACUGGGAGGACAUUACUGCCAUCUGCAGACAGACUCCAUACUGCCUUUAUCUAUACCAUGGAGUGGAGAUCGAGAAUGACAAGAAGGCCAGUGUGCUCUUGUUGGGCUUUUUUGACGAAGAUACUGGAAAAAACAAAAUCAGACUGCUGGAUGUUGUCCAUCCAACAAAAGAGUCCACUGAAGACAUCUGCAACUACAUCUUGGACUUGCUGAGGAAGAUCGGAAUACCUUUAUCCAACAUGGCCAUAUUAUAUUCAGAUUUUCCAGAUCACGAACAUCUUGUAGCUGGUCUACAGUUAAUGAAAGCUGAGAUUGUGUCUUUAUGUGGACUUACAGACCUGACAGGACAAGUGUGUCACAGUGGUGUUGAGAAAAUUGAGUUUUCUGACCUGAUUCUGAAUCUCAUCACAGAGAUCUACAAACAUUUCCCAUCUUUCCCAGCAGAUCUACAAGCUUUGCUUGAAGAUGUUGAAGGGUCAGACAUUGGUGAUCGGACAUCUCAGUGCUCUCUCUUCUGGAGAAUAAUUAAGAAAAUCCCUUUAGCUUGGUCACACCUUGAGAAGUACUUUGGAUCUCUGGGUACAGAAGAAGAAGCAGUCUGCCUUCUUCUAGAGGAUCCCAAAAUAAAGCUCAACGUUCUCUUUCUUACCCACGCUUUGCAGCCGCUUUGUGAUUUUCAGGAGAUUAUCGACCAAGGUGCCAGCGUCUUACAACUGCUCCAAGAUGCUUCUAAAUUAUUGAGGCUUUACACACAGAGUUUCCUCAGACCAAAAGCAGCAGAGUAUUUUCACAGGAGAGGAAAGACCUCACUUGUACAGGAGACAGUGGGACAUUUACCUAGAGGAGAGGUUGCAGUCGGCGAACAGGCUGCUGAUUUUCUCCAGCAGCACUCUGAAGAGUUGUCUGACUACUUGGAGACAUUUCACAGAUCCAUCAUCUCCUUCUACACCACUGUUACUGUUAAUAUUGUCAAACGUCUGCCUCUCCCUGAUUCCACCCUGAGAAACUUGUCGUUGGUGUUGAGUCCAGGAAAAAAGCUUGAAGUGACGGGCAAAAUGGUCCAAGAUUUAGGCGUCAGUUUUGGUGUUUGCUCAGAGAAUGUCAGCUUGCUCAAAGAUGAGUUUUUGGAGUACCAGUUUAUUGAUGAAAGUGAUGCACAGCCAGCUGACCAGUCAAUGAAGCAGUACUGGAAAACAGAGCUGAGGAUUAUGGGGAAGGCAUCUAGUUUUGGGAAAGUCAUCCUAAGCUUGUUGGCCCUUCCCACAACUCUGAAAAAAGAGCAGAAUUUUGAACGGCUGUUUCAACACACUGACAACAUCAAGAGAAAAAAACUGAAGGACUGCAAGAAGCAUGUGUCUGAGGAUGAUGUCACAGACAGCAGUUCUUAUAAAAGUGCUCCAUCACAUCUCAGCCCAGAGACGCAAGAUCUCAUUGACUUGGGGGAAGAGGAAGACGUUGAGCCAAUGGAAGUAGAGGAUACUUUGCUGGUGUCGGAUUUGGACACAGAAAGCCAAAAUGACACAAAAGGGAAUUGUCCGAAUGUGUCAAGUAAUGAUGAUGAUGAUGAUGAUAAGUGCAGCAGCAGCAGCAGCCAUGAUGAUUACAGCAGUAGUGAUGAUGAUGGUGAUGUCAUAUGGAGAGAGAAAGGAAAAGGAAAUAGCUGCCAUAAUAAUGAGCAAACAAAAAAUCCAUACAAGGGCAGUUACAUAGUCGGUGAGAUGGUUUGGGGACCGCUUGAGGGCUUUGGUCUUUGGCCUGGACUGGUUCAGAGCUGGGACAGCAGGAAACCUUGUGGCUCCAUGCGUAAAGUGUUUUUCUUCGGAAACAGUAUGCAGUCUGAGAUUCAGGCAGACGAUCUCACGCCCUUCUUUUCGUUUGCUAAGUGCUUCUCUUCUAAUUCCUUUGCCACGGUAGCAACAUAUAAAGAUGCGAUCUUCAAUUCUCUGCAGGUGGCUUCCAGACGUAGUAGAAUGUUUUUUUCUCCUGACACGGACUCUAUGGAUGAGUUGCUUAGAGUUAUGUUGAACUGGGCCUUUGGAGGCUUUAAACCAUCAGGAGAAGAUGGUCUUCGACCUCAAUCAGAAUGCAAUGAACUGGUUUUUACACCACGAUCAGUGAAUGGGAAUGAUGGACCAUCUUCAAACUUCAAAGACCAUCGAGAAAAGUUGUUUAACUUAACGGUAUCUCUCAAUAAGCUCCCUGAAUCUCUGGAUCUGCACAGAGGCUCAAUAGACAUUGGUAAAACUCAUGUUUACAGAAAAUUCAUGCUUUCAAAAAGGAGUCUGAGACCCUUGCAGUCUAGAGAAAAGAAAUAUACACACUGGAAGAGGUAUCUAAAUGACAUGGAAAGUAUGAAGGUUGACUCCAGACAGAACAGUCAAGAAAGAUAUGAAAUGGUGCAUGCUUUUCUGGAAAACAAGAUGGACAUUGAAGAGUUCUGCUUGUCAUGUGGGAGUACAUUUGUUGACAUUAUCCACCCACUGUUCGAAGGAAGCCUGUGUGUGAAAUGCAAGUUUAAUUUCACGGAGACGCUGUACAGAUAUGAUGAAGAUGGCUAUCAGUCGUACUGCACCGUCUGCUGUUCUGGCAUGGAGGUCAUUCUGUGUGGUCAUGACAGCUGCUGUCGCUGCUACUGUGUGGACUGUCUGGAUAUCUUAGUGGGAAAGGGGACGUUUAAACAGCUGAAAAAUGUGGACCCUUGGACCUGUUACCUGUGUGCACCUGAGACCAGCUCUGGAGCCUUGAAGCCGAGGCAUGACUGGAGCAUCAGAGUGCAGGAGUUAUUCGCCAAUAACAGCGCCAUGCAGUUUGAACCCCAUCGUGUUUACCCAUCAGUCCCAGCUGACCAGCGAAGGCCAGUCAGAGUCCUCUCGUUAUUUGAUGGCAUAGCCACAGGAUACCUGGUUCUGAGAGAUCUUGGCUUCAAAGUGGAAAAAUACGUGGCCUCUGAAGUGGAUGAAGAGUCUGUUACCAUUUCCAUGGUCAACCACGAGGGAAAAAUUACCUAUGUUGAUGAUGUGAAAAAAAUUACAAGGAAACACAUUGAUAAAUGGGGCCCGUUUGAUCUUCUCAUUGGUGGAAGUCCUUGUAAUGACUUGUGCACAGUCAAUCCUGGCCGUAAAGGCUUGUUUGAGGGCUCUGGACGGCUGUUUUUUGAGUACUACCGGCUUCUGAACGUUUUGAAGCCGAAAGAGGAUGACCCACGGCCCUUCUUCUGGCUCUUUGAGAAUGUAGUGUUAAUGGAAAACAGGGUUAGAGCGGACAUAAGCCGCUUUCUGGAAUGUAACCCUGUGCUUAUUGACGCUGUGAAAGUGAGUCCAGCUCACAGAGCAAGAUACUUUUGGGGGAACAUACCUGGCAUGAACAGACCAAUCAUAGCAUCACAGAAAGAUAAAGUCAGUCUUCAGGACUGUCUGGAUGGAGGCCGCACUGCCAAGUAUGAAAAAAUACGCACCAUUACCACACGGCCAAACAUACUGAGACCAGGCAUUGAUGACAGGCAUUACCCAAUCGUUAUGAACGGCAAAGAUGACAGCCUGUGGAUCACUGAAAUAGAAAAAAUAUUUGGAUUUCCGAAGCAUUACACGGAUGUGAAAAAUCUGGGCCGCAUGCAGAGGCAGAGAGUACUGGGGAAGUCCUGGAGCGUUCCUGUCAUAAGACAUCUUUUGGCACCACUGAAGGAUUACUUUGCUUGUGACGAAUUCCCUGCAAAAUGAAGAGAAAUUUAUGAAGCAUUUCGUUUUAUUCUUCUUCUUUGUAAAAAGACUCAGGGCCACAGUAGUUUACUUUUUUUAAUUGUUUUUGUAACUUAAAUGAAUGUUAUCUGUGUAAAGUUAUCUCUGAAGUGCCAAUGUAAUAGAUUGUGUAGCUUUCCCAUGUUGAGCUGUGACUGAAAUGAACUGUUUUGGUUUAGCGUGUUCAUAAAAUUGAGCUGUUUUCUCAGUGUUCUCUAUUUUUGCUGUCGUUGCACUUAUUUAUAAUUGAAAUGUCUAUUUGUAAAAUAACUUAAUAAAAACUAAAACAAA